AGGGAGGGAGUGAAAGCACCUCUGCCGCUCUCCUUGCGUCCUCUCCCGUGCGCAGUUGCGCAGUGCUCCGGCCCGGUCGCUCCAUCCCUCCUCAUCACAGCUGUUUCUCCCGCCUUGGAUGCUGGCGGUUCCCCCUCCCGCAAAGAAAAAUAAAAAAUAAAAACGGAGGGGGAGCUGGAGCUGACACUUCAUUGGAGCUGGUUACCUAUUUCGCAUGGUCUGAAUUUCGGGAAAUUCGCACGUCGGAAAGGCGGAAAGGAGGGGAGUCCAAAGGGGAAGAAAGGAGGCUCUCCAACCCCCCCCCAGAGGAAUUUAUUUUACAGUAAGGCAAUGAGGUAUGCCAGUGCCUGAGGUGGCUUCUGACACUGCCAGCGCUGCCGCCAUGUUGAGCCCCGUCCUCAAUGCGUCCAACGGAGAUGGCUCGGAGUCGGAAACCACCUCCGCCAUCCUCGCCUCUGUCAAGGAACAGGAGCUGCAGUUUGAACGUCUGACCAGGGAGCUGGAAGCUGAACGACAGAUUGUUGCCAGUCAGCUGGAGAGAUGCAAGCUUGGCUCUGAGACUGGAAGCAUGACCAGCAUCAGCUCAGCCGAAGAAAAGUUUCGCUGGAACAAUCAAGACGGCCAGAAAGACAUAGAGGAGGAGUUGACGACUGGCUUGGAACUGGUGGACUCGUGCAUCAGAUCGCUCCAGGAAUCUGGCAUCUUGGACUCACAGGACACCUCUACAGGAGACAGACAAGGCCUACUGUCCCAAAGUGCAUUGCAGCUUAACAGCCAGGAUGUCUAUGCAGCAGCUGGUUACCAUAGCAAUCAAGGGUUGACUCUUGGGGAAACAGCAGCAGCUCGAAGCGGGCAGAUCGGAGGGGCAAUUCACAGCUAUAACCAGGUGACAUCCAGCCGUGCAGCUGCUCACUUCAUGGGCACAGACUCACCUGCUCAGGCCCAGAGAGACUCAAUUGCCCAGCAGGCUCUUGGCGGCCCCUUUCAGAUGCCCAUGGAAGCUGGAUCUGGACCUUCUGGGCCAUCCAUGUAUUAUUCCUGUGCCACGUUGCCUGCACAGCGUGUGAGCUCCCCUCUGCAGGCGGUGGGCUCCCCCACAAAGCUGCAGCGCUUAGGCUCAGCUUCCGCCGACAUGCCCAGCUAUGCCACGCUACAGAGAGUGUCUUCACCCAAACAGUCCCCCAGCCGACUCGCCAAAUCGUACAGCACCUCAUCGCCCAUCAACAUGGUCGCAUCGGGUGCCGCGGGGUCGUCUUCACCCCUCCCCGUAGCCAGCUCCCCCGGGGCAAACCACAGCUCUUCACCUAUCCACCAGCUCAGCUCAGCAGUGGGAAGCUAUGCCACCCUGUCUCCCACAAAGCGUAUGCUGCAUCACAUUGGAGCAGAGAGCUACAAGAUUUCCCACGAGCUUUACGCCAACGCAACCCUGCAAAGGCCUGGUAGCCUGGCAGGUAGAGGGUCUAGAGGCUCCUACAGUAGUCAGCACAGUCAUCUGGGCUCAGAACUACGACCGCUCCAGUCUCCUGAACACCACAUCGAUCCCAUUUAUGAAGACAGAGUCUACACCAAACCCAACCUUAGAGGACAAGCCCCGCCCUCCCCCGGUGUCGAUCCAAUCCCCCUGCAGCGAACGGGAAGCCAAAGCGCCGCCGCCACAUUUCAGAGAGGCAGCUUUGCCGCAGGAGGCGUGGCGGCUGACUAUGCCAAUCCGUACCGGACCCUGCAGUUCUGUCCGUCCACUGAGUCGCCUUAUAGCAAGUCAGGCCCCGCCCUUCCACCUGAAGCUGCCCUGGGCCGUUCUCCAUCAGUGGAUAGUAUUCAGAAGGACCCAAGGUACGACCCCGAAUUCCUUGUGUGGAAUCAAAAUCAAGCCGAGCAAAGAAUGACAAAGGAGUUUGGCUGGAGGGAUCCAGAGCUGCCAGAGGUCAUCCAGAUGCUGCAGCAUCAGUUCCCGUCAGUCCAGUCCAACGCCGCUGCGUACCUCCAGCACCUCUGCUUUGGAGACAACAAAAUCAAAUCGGAGAUUCGGCGGCAGGGUGGAAUCCAGCUGCUGGUGGAUCUGUUGGAUCACCGGAUGACAGAUGUGCACCGCAGCGCCUGUGGAGCGCUGAGGAACCUGGUGUACGGCAAAGCAAACGACGACAACAAGAUAGCCCUGAAGAACUGCGGAGGAAUUCCUGCUCUGGUCCGGCUGCUCCGGAAGACCACGGAUGUAGAGAUCCGGGAGCUGCUGACAGGUGUUUUGUGGAACCUGUCGUCGUGCGAUGCCCUGAAGAUGCCCAUCAUCCAGGAUGCCCUGGCAGUGUUGACCAACGCUGUGAUCAUCCCACACUCAGGCUGGGACACCUCCCCGCACACGCAAGAGGACCGCAAGCUGCACCUUCACUCCUCCCAGGUCCUCCGCAACGCCACAGGCUGUCUCCGGAACGUGAGCUCUGCUGGUGAGGAAGCACGGAGGAGGAUGAGGGAGUGUGAAGGGCUAACGGACGCUCUCCUGUAUGUCAUCCAAACCGCCUUGGGGAGCAGUGAGAUUGACAGCAAGACUGUGGAGAACUGUGUGUGCAUCCUGAGGAACUUGUCCUACCGUCUGGCUGCAGAGACCGCCCACAGCCAGCAGGGGGGGUCAGAGGAGCUGGACGGUUUGUUUUGCGACACCGGCGGCAAGGACGCAGAAAGUUCGGGUUGUUGGGGCAAGAAGAAGAAGAAAAAGAAGGGUCAUGACCAGUGGGACGGCGUCGGCCCGUUUCCAGACUUGGCAGAACCUCCAAAAGGCAUCCAGAUGCUGUGGCACCCCUCCAUUGUUAAGCCUUACCUUACACUGCUGUCUGAGUGCUCCAACCCCGACACCCUGGAGGGGGCAGCUGGGGCUCUGCAGAACCUAGCUGCUGGCAGCUGGAAGGUCUGUGUGAAGUGGUCCGUCUACAUCCGAGCAGCGGUUCGCAAGGAGAAAGGUCUCCCCAUCCUGGUGGAAUUGCUGAGGAUAGACAACGAUCGGGUGGUUUGCGCCGUGGCCACGGCCCUGCGGAACAUGGCGCUGGACAUCAGAAACAAGGAGCUAAUAGGCAAAUACGCCAUGAGGGACCUGGUCCACCGCUUACCUGGAGGCAGCAACAACAACAACACCACCACCAGUGGAGGUUGUGGAGAAAGCACCAACAGUAGCACCUUGGUAGGGAAGACAAUGUCUGAUGACACUAUCACGGCCAUCUGCUGUGCACUACAUGAGGUCAUCACCAAGAACAUGGAGAACACCAAAGCCCUGAGGGACGCCGGAGGCAUCGAGAAGCUCAUCAGCAUUGCCCGCAGCAAGGGAGACAAAAUUCCCAGACAUAGUCCUAAAGUGGUGAAAGCUGCAUCCCAGGUCCUGAACAGCAUGUGGCAAUACAGAGAUCUGCGUAGCCUUUACAAAAAGGACGGCUACUCUCAGUACCAUUUUGUUGGCUCCUCCUCCACGAUAGAGCGAGACAGGCAGAGGCCUUAUUCUUCCUCUCGCACUCCAUCUAUUUCUCCUGUUAGGACUUCGCCUAACAAUCGAUCCGCGAGCGCUCCCGCUUCCCCGAGGGAGAUGAUGGCGUUGAAGGAGAGGAAGGCAGACUAUGAGGCGACGGGUAAUGCCGGUUACCACGGAAACAAGGGAGAGCACACAUCCCGGAAGGACGCCAUGAUGGGUCAAAUCACCGGUGGCUCCUCAACGCUACACAGAGGAGCGUACGUGUCCCCCACAGAUGAUUUAAAGUAUAAUCAGGUGUCUUCUCAAGGCCUGCCAUCAGAACCUUACCCCCCUUUUCAGAACCCUCCUCCCCCUGACAACGGUAACUACGAGGACCAGGCCUUCUACGAGAACCAGCUUCACGCGGGAGGCCGGCCCCCGCAAGGUGAACUGAACAUGCACCUGCAGGGCCUCAAGUCCACAGGCAACUAUGUGGACUUCUACUCAGCCUCAAGGCCCUACAGCGAGCUCAACUACGAGACCAGCCACUAUCCCGCCUCACCAGAUUCUUGGGUCUGAGAGGAUGAUGAGGGCGGAAGAGGAAGAUGAGGAUUGAUGGAGACUGUACAGAGUUUGGGAGCAGGGUUAAGAGUGAACGGUCCCCCAUCCUCCCUGUAGUUUUUGAGUAGCAUUAUAGAUAGCAGGAGGACGGAUGGAUGGAAGGACGCAUGAGGACGACACACUCCAUUCAGAGAUGUUUGACGAAAGCAAGAGAAAGCAGAGCUGAAGCAAAGUGGAGGAGCGGCCACGCAUGUGCAUGCACCACCAACCAAACCGACCAACACAUUUUCCAGGCUCAUGAUCAACAUGUAGCAGGCAGAAAAACCUGGAGCCACUGAGGGCCUUUGGAUCAGGAACAUAGAAGAGAGAGCCAUGAGAGGAGCCAGAGCAGGAGGCGGGCGCGUGAAGGUUUUGAAUGAACGACAGGAUGGAACUCAAAGGUUAGGUCUUGCAGUGCAAAGUGAACGUGUCAAAGAUUGACCUGUUAUGGUAAACAAUCAUGGCGUAAAGUGACGUGAAGCACAAGCGGGAACGCUGUAGGACUUGGAGGACCUCAACGUUUGGUUUCUCUGCAGCAUUUGGAAGAUGGAAACCUUUUUUUUUUUUUUGGUUGUUGUUGGUGUUGUUACUUUAUUUGUUGUUGUGUUUCUACUUUUUUAAAAUUCCGGUUGUAUAGUAAUUGACGUACACUGUACAUACAUGAAGCUGCAUUAUGUACUGUACAUUGCACUUUUUUUUUUUCUGUCGCCGCUGGAUCAUCACCACACCUCCUUCACGGAACAUCCCCUCCAGGAACACAAAUGCACAAAACAGCUGUACUUACAAAACUAAAAUAGUAGAUGUGGAGAUGCUUCUGAUGGUCGACACUGAAUAUGAAUUCACGGUGCUCCUUUCACUGCCCAUCACAGACGGUAAAUCUGCCAGAAUAGCUAAAGUCAGGCUUCCUGUGCUCGCCGCCUUCUUUUUUUUUUUUUGCCUUUUGUGUUUCUUCUAGGCUUUGGUGUUUUAUCGCCUGUCUUUCCACAUUAGCACCACCGAUCCUUUGUUUCUGCUCUUGCCACCCUCCCCUGGAGUGACCUGUCCCUGUAUAUAACCGUGCCAAACAAGGUUACGUCCCCUCAGCUGCGGAGAGGGAUGCUACACGCGCGUUAAAAGGGUCCAAGUUGAGCUGUUUUCAGCCAACGAUGCCAGUUUGUUAAUGCUUUGGUUUUUCUAAACGGUGUUUUACUAAGAGAUAAGUCUGUCACCAACACUAGAGUAAAAAAAGACAAAAAAGAAAAUCAUACAGAGGGACAAUAGUGCCAGGUGGUGCCUCACUUUCUUGAAAGUUGUACAAAAUUAGUUGAUUUUUUGUGUUGUAAAAUAAUCAAUGUUUGAGGUACAAAAGAUUUGAGAAAGGCAGAUGGUAAUUCCUAACUUCACAGUAGACAAAUCUGUUAAUAGAGUAUGGAUAUAUAUUAUAUAAAUAUAAAUAAAUAUAUACUUUUUAUGUGCUGAUGUGGAUGUCACUUAUAGCAGCAACAUUAUGGGAAAAGACUUGGUUAAAAAAAAAAAGCUAAUCAAAAAAUUCAUGAAAAAAACAAACAAUACAUGUAGAAAGUUUGUUCACAUCUUAUUUUCUGGUUGACACACCAAAUUUGUCAGGUUUGUGUAGUAAUGUUGUUGCUAUGUGCAGUAGAGUAGACCAGGGCCCAGGGAUUCCCGUUGUCACAGUCCAAAACGGUGCUACAACCAUGAGAAGUAUUUCUAACCCAAAUGGUUUCCCCCUUCUGCUGCUUCGAUCACAAAAGAACCAUAAAUCUGCUGGAAGCGGGAAACGCCGACCCAUAACGGUGUGGGUCAUGACGAAGUCUGCACACCCGAAUGCUUGGGUCGUCUGGAAAGACUCGACGGUGACAACAGACCCUGACUCCCCCCUAUCCACUGCUGUGUAGAAAGCCCUAGAGGUCAUCAUAUGAUGCUUGAAAACUCAUAAUGCAGCUGUUCCCCACAAAGAUACACUCAAUUUUUAAGAAAGAAUUAAAAAAAAAAGAAACAGAUGUGCUGUAUUUGUUAGUAAGCAUCUGGAAACUGACAACGUUCUGUAUGUCUUUGUGAUCCUUAGGCAGUAAACCUGACUAUAACACCUGUAUGAAGUUUAAAAAGUCAGUGACCAUUCUGUUGCUAGACCAAAUGUGUUUGCAAAAGAGAAUUGUGAAUCUUUCUAUUGCCUCAAACAGAUUGCAUCUGCUCCAAAAAAAUAUAAACGGACCAUCAAAGAA